CGAAACUCGAAGAUGCCGGAAUCGACGAUUAUAUUCACAAUCGCUGCUACAGCCAGGCUAUUAACAACAACUUCGCUCAGCUGUAUGUUGUGUAGAGAGUCGAAGAAGAUGGAAAUCAGUGGGGAGUCGAGGAGGCUGGAAAUUAGUUUUUCUAUAUCUAGCGGGUGGACUCUUUCUUGCUGUCGAGCAUUGAGCACUUUACACGCCUCCAUCAGUGGUUGGCAGCCAUCCUACAUUGGGGAUAUGGAGCACGCCUGAGGGAUAUCCAGCACGCUCUGGACAAGAUUGGAGGACCGUAGAAGGUGAACUGGCAGGGCAGUACAAGGUGGUGAACUGCCCGCAGGAGGUGGUGAACUGGCAGGGCAGUAGAUGGUGAACUGGCAACACAGGGUCGCAUUUCGCCGUAGCUCAUUCAGAGUCGGGUUUUUGUUAUUAGUUGCGCGUGUUUAUCUCCCAAUCCCCCACACAUGUUUCGCC